AUGGAGAUCGUCCACGUCUACACGAAGCUCCGCGCCGAGCUCGGCCGCCAGUGUCUGUUCUCGGACCGGCCGGCUGAGCUGCUGCUGGACGUGCUCCCGGAGCCGAGUCUCGUUCUGGAGUUCAUCCCCAAAACCCCCAGAGAGCAGGCCCAGGGGGUGGACUGCGACAUGUCCGAGCACCAGGUGAACACGGAGCGCUUCCAGUCCAACAGCUGUGGGAUCAACCAUGUGGAGGGGGGGUGGCCCAAAGACGUCAACCCUGAGGAGAUGGAACAAACCAUCCGUUUCAGGAAGAAGGUGGAAAAAGACGAGGGCUACAUCAACAGUAUCCUGCAGCUGUCCAGUGUAAUGGAGCACUGCAUCAGACAGAACAAUGCUGUGGACAUCUACCAGGAGUACCUGGAGGAUGAGGAGGAGGUGGAGAGAAGUCAGGAGUCGCCUUCCGCCAAAACCAUCAAUGUCUUCAGAGAUCCUAAUGAGGUGAAACGUACCGUCACGGCUCUGUCGUGGCAUCCGGACUGCGGCAGCAAGCUGGCCGCCGCCUACUCCUGCCUCGAGUUCCAGAAGACCUCCAAAGACAUGAGCCUGGACUCCUACAUCUGGGACAUCGAGAACCCGGACAGACCAGAGAUGACCCUCAAGCCGACAUCUCCACUUGUCUGUCUGAAUUACAAUCCUAAAGACCCACACAUUCUGGUGGGAGGCGGCUUCAAUGGACAGAUCGCGUACUGGGACACCCGGAGAGGCAGCCAGCCGGUGGAGAUCUCCUCUGUGGAGAACAGUCACAGGGACCCGGUCUACAAGAUCGUCUGGCUGCAGUCCAAGACCGGAACGGACGCAUUCUCUGCCUCCACGGACGGACAGAUUCUCUGGUGGGAUGUUCGCAAGUUGAGCGAGCCCACGGAGCGCCUGGUUCUGGACCUGGGCCGGGAGGGGAACCUCAGUCGGGCUUUAGGAGCCAUCUCACUGGAGUUCGAAUCCACCAUGCCGACUAAGUUCAUGGUGGGCACGGAGCAGGGGCUGGUGGUCUCCUGCAACAGGAAGGCAAAGACCCCGGCGGAGAAGAUCGUUUGUACGUACGAGGGUCACCACGGACCCAUCUACGCCCUGCAGAGGAACCCCUUCUUCCCCAAGAACUUCCUCACCGUGGGGGACUGGACGGCCCGGAUCUGGUCUGAGGACAUCAAGGACUCGUCCAUCAUGUGGACCAAAUAUCAGAUGUCCUUCCUGAUGGACGCCUGCUGGAGUCCAGUCAGACCCUCGGUCUUCUUCACCGUGAAGAACGACGGCGUCUUGGAAGUCUGGGACAUCCUCUUCAAGCAGAACGUCCCUGCACUCAGUCUCAAGGUGUGUGACGGGGCUCUGAACAGCGUCUGCGUUCAGGACAACGGGCGCUUGGUGGCGUGCGGCUCUCAGCAGGGCGAGGUCACGCUGCUGGAGAUCUGCUCUGAACUGUCCACGCUCCAGAAGAACGAGAAGAACCUGCUGUCUGCUAUGUUUGAGCGCGAGACAAAGCGAGAGAAGAUCCUGGAGUCUCGACAGAGAGAGAUGCGUCUGAAGGAGAGGAGUCGCUCGGAGCAGGGCAAGGAGGAGGAAGGAGGUCAGGAGGAGGGAGAGGAGACUCCGGAGGAGCUGAUCAUCAGAGCCGAGGAGGAGUUCUCCGAAAUGGUGGAGACGGAGCAGAAGAGGAGGAAGGAGAAGGAGGACGGAUCCAACAAGCUGUAG